AUGGUUAUAGUGGAUCCGUAUCUGGGGUUUAAAGCUACAGUUGAGUAUGAGGGGGAGGCUAAUCUAUACUCUCCAACCUCUUUAGCAGCUGCAGCUUACACCCGCCCUAGCUCCAAUCCAGCUCCAUACAAUCCUGCCGCGGCUCCACACCACCCAACCCCUGUUCCAUACAAUCCCAACUCUGCUCCAUACAAUCCCACCCCUGCUUCAUACAACCCUACCCCUGCUCCAUACAAUCCCACCCCUGCUCCAUACCACCCAACUCCUGCUCCAAUUUAUGCUUCACCGGCUCCAUCUUAUGCUGCUCUAGGAUUCUCCUAUUCAACUCCUGCUCCUUCCUACAAACUAAGCUACUCUCCUUCCUAUUCCACGGCUAGCCCAUCCUAUAGACCCAAUUAUUCUCCAUCCUACUCUACACUAUCUCCAUCCUAUCCUACUUCUGCUCCAUCCUAUUCAACUCCCUCUCCUACCUACAAAACAUCCUCCCUCCCAUACUCCCCUGUUCACUACUCCUACUCCCCCUACCCGUCCUCCUCCCUGUCCUACUCCAAGCCCUUGUACAGGUCUCAUGUACAGCAUGUACAGGAACUUCAACAAGAGAAACAUGUUGAGAAUAAGAAUGGAGGAGGAACAUAUGUCCAGCCUUUCUACAAGGAAUUUCAGAAGCAGGAGACACACAAGGAACAGGAGAAGCAGGAGAAGCAGGAGAAACAGGAGAAACAGGAACCAAAAAGCACAGAAAAGGAUCCCUACCUAGUUUCUGAGAAGGAUAUAGAAGGGAAGGAUUUCAGUGGACCCUUCUUCUAUCCUUUACAUAGAAAAAUUGGAAAGGCGGUCAAGCAUAAAACGGACAACGACAUUUAAAUCCGAAAUAUUUUGAACGUGUUAUCUGCUAGUAUUUCAGAUCACGUGUUAUCUACUAGUGUUUCAGAUCACAUGAUAUCUGCUAGUAUUUCAGAUCACAUGAUAUCUGCUAGUAUUUCAGAUCACGUCAUAUCUGCUAGAAUUCCAGCUCACGUGAGAUCUGCUAGUGUUCUAGAUCACGUGAUAUCUGCUAGUGUUUCAGAUCACGUGUUAUCUGCUAGUGUUUCAGAUCACGUAAUAUCUGCUAGUGUUCCAGAUCACGUGAUAUUUGCUAGUGAUCACGUGAUAUCACACUCGGUGUCUCGGAGCAAAUUGCAGUUACAGUGAGAAUAUGAAAACAUGAAAAA